CAAGGUUGGAGUUAGCAGCUGCAGCUUUGUCAGUUAAAGUGGAUAACAUGUUAAAAAAAAGAAUUGCCGCCACCUACAGAUAGGUCAGUGUUUUGGUCUGACAGCACAUCUGUCUUAAAGUAUAUCUCAAAUGACCACACUCGUUUUCAUACCUAUGUGGCGAAUAGGACAUCUAGGAUUAGGGAGGCUACACAAGUCAGUCAGUGGAGGUAUAUUGACACAAAGAGAAACCCCGCAGACGACUGCUCUAGAGGUGUGAGCGCAGAGAGGUUCAUGAGGAACCCAAGGUGGAUCUCUGGACCAGAGUUCCUUUGGUCAUCAGAAGAGGACUGGCCGAAUGAAUCUGUGGACAAUGUUGAACUUUGUGAAGAUGAUCCAGAGGUGAGGAAAUCUGCAACAGUGAAUGCAAUUAUGCAGACAUGUGAGGAAAGGCCCACAGACAAAUUGAUCAAUCACUUUUCAGAUUGGCUGAAGUUGAGAGUAGCUGUUGCAUGGAUCCUUAAAGUGAAAGAAGCAUUAAAACACCUCGUGCAGAAAGGAAAUGACUCAAAGAAAGAUUGUAAGCAGACUCUAAGGGUAACCAGAAUGACAAAAGGGUAUGUCAAAGACAACAUAAAAGAAGCAAUAACGGUGAAUGAUCUGAUAAUGGCAGAAAAGGCUAUUCUAUCGUAUGUACAGAAACAAAGUUUCCCUGAUGAAAUCAACAUGCUGCAAGAGGGCGCUUCCAAUGUGAAAAAAAGCAGUAGCAUAUACAGAUUGGAUCCAGUGCUGGACAAUGGAAUCCUCAGAGUGGGCGGUCGCCUCAGAAGAACGGCAAUGCCUGAGGAAAGAAAACAUCCUGCCAUUUUGGCCAAAAACCACCACGUGUCCACUCUGAUCUUACGCCAUGUCCAUGCUCAAACUGGACAUGGAGGAAGGAACCACAUGUUAUCCCAGGUGCGUAAAACAUACUGGAUUACAAGUGCUAAUUCUGCUUCAAGAAAGAUUAUUUCUCACUGUGUAACUUGCAGAAAGAACAGAGGAAAACCUGGUGAACAAAAGAUGGCUGAUCUGCCAAGGGAAAGGCUAGUCAUGGACUUACCACCAUUCUCCAACAUUGGUCUUGACUAUUUUGGCCCUUUAGAGGUGAGAAGGGGAAGGAGCACAGUAAAAAGGUAUGGUGUCAUCUUUACCUGCAUGACAAGUCGAGCAAUACAUCUGGAGGUUGCCUACUCUUUAGAUACACACUCGUGCAUCAAUGCCAUCAGGAGGUUUCUAUGCCGAAGAGGCCAGGCACAACACAUAAGAUCCGAUCAUGGCACUAACCUUGUCGGUGCAGAAAGGGAACUAAGAGAAGCACUCAGAACAUUAGACCAAAGAAAGAUCCACCAAGCUCUGAUGAAGGAGGGAGUUCACUGGAGCUUCAACCCCCCCACUGCUUCUCACCAUGGUGGGUUCUGGGAACGCCUCAUCAGAAUGGACUAACCCACUUCUGCCCCCUGGAGUGUUUUCAAGGUCUGACCUUUACCACAGGAGACGCUGGAGACAGGUCCAGUAUAUAGCAGAGCUCUUCUGGAAGAGAUGGCUGCUGGAAUACCUACCUCUUCUUCAAGAAAGGCAAAAGUGGUCAAGAGUCAAAAGAAACUUCAUCACUGGAGACAUAGUCCUAAUCGCAGACAACU